CAGAGCGCGGCAUUGUAAUUAUGCGCACAGGUGCGAAAGAAAAGGAGAGAAGGAAAUAAGUUGUCAAGUCGGCGCCCACAAUACAAACACAGCAGGCGCUUUGAAGAGGAAAAUGGUGGAGAAAAUAUAGCAGGGAUACUUACGGGAUAUCAUCAUCAUCAUCAUCAUCAUCAUCAUCAUCAUCGUCGUGUGUGUGAGAAAGGAUUUUUCUCUACAACGCGGACACGCUGGUGGCUAAGUUGCUGACUGAGUGUGCGGGAUGGUGCUUCACCUGGCUGUCCACACUCGGAAUCCUGACUCGUGAAGCACAAACAGAUAACUAUAUAUAGAAAUAUACAUGAGUGCGGUCGGGGGAUAAGAAGUGUGUGAGAGAGGCGCGCGAUCGAUGGACGCGGACGCGCACCGGCUCGAGUCCAGCCUGUGGGUGGGCAGGAAGCGGUACCGGGCUGUGCUCAGCGGGUGGUACCUGAGCUGGACCCAGCUGGACAAGCGGAACCGCGAGCACAAGACUGUUUCAGUGCCUGUGUCCGAGUUGAUUGGAGUUGAGGAAGGCCAAGUGGAACUGCAGCCUGAGAAGAAAGUGACGGAGAGUGACGGAGACUUCACCGUUUUCAGCAUAAAGCGCCAUCGCAAAGGCCGCGGUUCCGGAGCGCUGUGGACUGUGGGCCGGAUCCAGUUUUGUUGUCCCAGCCGAGACCUGAGAGACCGCUGGGUCACGCAGCUGAGGAGUGCCCUGAAGACACACGGCCCGUCCCGCCCGCACCGGCUCCUGGUGUUCAUCAAUCCCUUCGGGGGAAAGAAGAGAGGGAGCCAGAUCUACCGCUCUCUGGUGGCCCCGCUCUUUGAGCUCGCUGGAAUCAGUGCUCAUGUUGUGGUGACCGAGAGAGCCAACCAGGCAAGAGACCACAUCUUGAAGAAAGAUUUAACGGGUUUUGAUGGGGUGGUGUGUGUCGGAGGAGACGGGAUGUUUAGCGAGCUCCUGCACGGUGUGAUCGGGCGAACGCAACAGGAGGCCGGGUUGUCGGAGCACGACCCCGCCGCGGCGUUGCAGCCGUGCAACCUCCACAUCGGCAUCAUUCCUGCAGGCUCUACCGACUGCGUCUGCUUUGCCACGGUGGGUGUGAACGACCCAGUGACUUCCGCUCUUCAUAUCAUCAUAGGAGACUCUCAGCCGCUAGAUGUAUGUUCUGUGCACCACCUCUCUACGCUCGUCCGCUACUCUGUCUCUCUUGUGGGUUAUGGAUUCUACGGCGAUGUGCUGGCAGAAAGCGAGAGAUAUCGUUGGAUGGGACCUCUCAGAUACGACUACUCAGGCUGCAUGACGUUCCUCAGUAACAGGUGCUACAGAGGGACGGUUCAGUUCCUGCCUGCCGACUCUCAGCUCUCCAGCCCCCGGGACAACACGCGAUGCCUCUCGGGGUGCCAUGUGUGUUCAGAGAGCACGGAGAGACUCUUUUCCCGGAGUGACUCCGGCUCCCAUGCUGGAUCCCUGUACAGCUCCCAGUUCAGCCAGUAUAGUUCCCCGUGGGAAGGCGAAUGGGAGACAGUUGAGGGCAGGUUCAAGUGCAUCUCCCUCACGUGCAUGUCCAGCUCCUGUCCCCGAAGCCCCCUGGGGCUCUCCCCCUCCGCACACUUGGCUGAUGGGACAGCUGACCUCAUUCUAGUGCGGGACACGCACCCCCUGGGCUUCCUUACGUACCUCCACAGGCAUACCAACUCCCAAGACCAGUUUGACCUCCCCUUUGUUGAGGUCCACCGGGUCAAAGCGGUGCGAUUCCGUCUUCCGCCCGGUGAGGAAGAGCAAGCGGAGCAGGAAGAACCGGAGGUGCUGGAGGACCCGGAGUGCGAAGAUGCGGUGGCAUCGGGGGCUGACGGCAGGAGCGAGAGGCCUGGGGGUAUGAACUGGAUCAGCUCCGUGCAGCACUUGUCUGCCAGGGCCAAGGAGCGAGGGGUGACGGGGGCCAAAAAGAGAGGCAAGAGAGACUUCCUGUGCGGACCUUGCUGCCGUAGGUCCCCCACGGUCUCCGUUUGGAACUGUGACGGGGAGCUGCUGCCCUUCACGGAGAUCCUGUGCAGGGUCCAUGGGCAACUGGUGCGUCUGUUUGCUCGGGGCAUCGAGGAAGGAAUGGUCGCCUACAGGGGGACUCUGGGAAACAAGAGCUGCAAGGGAAAGUAUGUUCUACACACAUGAUGGACAAGAGCAGCUUUGAUGUAAAGGACAGAAAAAAUGUUUCCGAGCAGAGCUGAUUGCACAAAUGGUUGAGCUGAUGGAGAGGACAGUUGUUGCUGCGAGUACGUGAGAAAAUGUUUGUGCAAUAAAAUUUAACUGUGUAGUUGUCUAGCGCCAUUUCAAUAUGAGAUGGAUGAAUCGUGUGAGUUUAUGGCUAUUAAUGUUGGAAUGCUCCAUUUUUUUUUUUUAAAUUUCUGAACAUUUCUAAUACAGCUGCAUUGAAACUAGCGGCUAUAACAAAUUUGAAUUA